UCGACUUACGUAUCCCUAAUCGACAUUUUGCAGUCAGUUCACAUUUCUGAUUGAAUAUAUUUAUUAUUUUCGAAAGAAUAGAAAUAAACGUGUUUGUAACUGCUGUUUUCAUAAAAAAGCACAAAAGAAAAUGUAAAGUUUUUAUGCAAGAUAUGAGAAAAUUGCCAAAAGCAUUUGCCUUACAAAUCGUCUUGGAAAUUGUGUAACCAUAGAACAUAGCGUUCUGCCAAAACAUCAAACGUAGUUAAUAUUGAAACGAAAUCGUAUUGCUGAAGAAAUAUUUGUUGCGAUAGGUGAUAAAAUAUACUUCAAUCCUACCAAAAACACAGUUUAAGUUAAUUUGAAGGGCCAUAUAAAUAUAUUGAUAAAAAAAAUAUGUGCGUGUGCUUUUCUUAAAACCAUAUACACAUAUAUGUGUGUGUCAUUUGUUCGAGUGUGAUUGAAUUUUCAAUCGACGAGGUACUCAGAUUUUAGACUGAUGAAAGCAAAGCGAAAUUAUACGAAGUGAUCAGUGUGAAAAGAUAUUAAUUUAAAGAGAAAACGUGAAUAUGAGUAGUUUCGCAAAUGAGAAUGUAAGCGAAAGCAAACAAGGAAUACAGCAACUAGAACAAGAACAUAAAAGUAACAGCAAUGCAAAGCCACCAACAAUAACACCAACAAGCAGCAAUACAAUCGACGAUAAUAGUGUUAAAAAGACUAACGAAAAUACAAUCGAAAGCGAAAAUAAAACAGCAACAAUAAGCAAAUUGACAACAACAACAACUCCAACAGGUCAUUUCAAUAAGAACGAUGAGAAAAACAAUGCACAUCAACUUAAAAACGAACAUGAAUUUAUUAAUAAAUCCUCAAAUGCAAAUCAAAAUGAAAACGCCGCAGUACAACAAUCCCCGAUUUUGUUGUCAUCGGCAGCGUUGUUAACUUCUGAUUCAUCAAUGCCAACAGGUGAUACCGAACUACACACCCGAGAACAGGAACGAAAGCAACUGGAACCAGGUACCACAACUGUCACAGAACACACAGCCAUCGCUGGGGGUGGGAUAAGUAAAUUAAGACAUCGACAGCGAAGUGAGUAUGACCCCGUGUAUCAAACCACGCCAUCAAUUAUUUCAACUGGAUUAUCAGCACCACCGACGACAGCGGCAGUAUCAUCACCCUUGCCGUUGGGCCUAAGUUCCAAUUUGGUUACCCAUUUGCCGCACAUCUCUAGCGAACCAACUUUUGGAGUACAAUUGCGUGAAAAGCAGCAUCAAGAACGGCUCAACGAAGAAAAACUUGAAAAAGAAUCGGCCGACAGCACUGUGCCAUACCAUAGCAGCGCAAUAAAAUCCGGUACUGUGAGUGCUACCGCCUCACCAAACAUGGUGCGAAAAUCAUCGGAUGGCUCCGUGUCUCUUCCCCGUCGAGUAUCAUUUCCCAAAAGCGACAACGAACUAGUUACUGGUUAUUUGGAACCAGCGAAUCCUUGGGAACACGUAUGUAUGGUUAAAAGCAUUUCGGAAAUUGCUGAAUUGUAUAUGACAUCAUGCCACAAACAUAAUACAAAGCCACUACAAUGUAUACUGGACCACUUGAAGGCGGUAGAUCUAACAAAACAGUUGAGACAACCCUUGCUUUCUCUCAAGUCAAUACAAUUGGCGCCAAGUGAUUGCGAGGCAUUGGAGGAAGUCCUCAAAAGGGUGCAGUACAAAUCAAUAGACAUUUCCGAUUGCAAGCUCAACGAAACGGCUGCUAGCGCACUUUUUGAAAUUAUUGAAUACUAUGAGGCUACAAACGAACUAGAUAUAUCAUCGAAUGCCACCGGGAUGACGCACAGAGGAUGGCUUUCUUGCACCUACAUGAUUAGUCACAGCCAGGAACUGCAGGUGCUGAAUGCUGAGGGCAAUCCCAUUACAAAGAUUAGUGCUGAUCACUUGGGAAGUGCGCUCAACACAUCCAAUUUGCAUACAUUAAAAUUGGAACGUUGCGGCCUCAAGGGAGCACCGCUGAGCAGUUUGUGCUUCAAACUUUUGCAUAAUAAAACUUUAAAGGAACUGUGGAUAGCAUACAAUGAUUUGGACUGCAAUGAUGCCGAUACCAUAGCUGAGAUGUUGAAAGUCAAUCAUUACUUGGAAUUAAUUGACAUAAGCAACAACAAUAUUGGCGACAAUGGUUUGCGCCACAUUGUCCAGUCGCUAAUAAUGCAGUCAAAAGAAUUGGAAAGACGAACGACGUUUCAGCGCGCCGCGGCCAUUGACGACGACGAAAGCAUGUCACCGUUUGAGACUUCUGCGCCAGUUGACCUAUGCGAUGGUAAAGAAAUGGGCGAUUGGAACACCACAGACGAGAACCAUUCGGCUAUUAAAACCGAAUGCGACGUGGACGUUGAAGCGAAAUUUAAACAUCCCUUGAGUAAAAUAGAUGAAAAGCCCAGGGUGAUUGGUUGUGGGGAACCAAGUGAGGCGGGGGUAAAGCUUGACGUUGAACCCAGAUCCGUGGUGUCAACUUUUAAGCCGCCUUUGAUAUCAACUGUUGGUUCGACCAUUGAAGAAAUCGACCCGGACGAGGAUACGGAUGACACUGUGCGUUCGAGUACUCUAAAGGGUAAUUCACAAACGUCAGGUGGAGGACAGUCCAUGCUAGACAAAUUACUAUCAAUGAAUAGCGAAAGCAGUAGUGAAGAUGGUGUUUCCAACAUCUCCACCGAUACCUUAGCAGCGUGCUGUUCCGAAGACGCCAGUUUAAUAAGUGACGAUGUAUUUGAUGUCGCUGCUACAGUCACAGCACCAAAAACAAUGACAACAUCCGACACAUUCGUAAAGUGUCCGAACGACACGGAUUCCGAGAUAAGUGAGGGAACAACGGAGAUUUCGAGCCUCAUCUCUAAUCCUUCUGCAGCCAGAGUGGCUCUGGAACCAUCAGUAAGCAAAGCAGAUGUCGACAAACGAGAUCUCAUUACACCAUCAACAAACAAUUCAAGUUCAGCGCUGAUUGAACCAGCCGCUAUUCCCAUUUGUAAUGUUACAUUAGAAGCUCCGACAUCAAUUCAGACCCCUCUUGUAAAUAACUAUGUUAGCAUUAAUAACAACAAUGAUGUCAGCAAUGACAACAACAAUGUAAAUGCAACUUCGGUACCUGUACAAAAUACAUCGUCCACGAUUUUUUCUGGCAGCAUUGUUGAUAAGACUGCCGUUGCAACUAAUGUGGACAUCUACGAAGUGAAGGCGGAGGAACGAAACUGCCAGCAAAGUGAUGCUGACACAGGCGGCCGCAUGCUGAGUGGCGAGGCUCAGACGGCCUCUGACCCCACCAACUCAAUGCAACAUCAUGCUGCUAGCAAGGCUCUAGAUGUGAAUAAAAAUACCAAGCUGGGAGAAGACUUCGAUGACACCCACAGUACAGAUUCAGCAUUCGAAAGUGCCUCAGAAGGUGAUAUUAGUCGUCAUCUGCCAGAAGAAUUCACCCGCCUGUCAGCAUCCCUAGAAAGCACUCGUCUAGAUGAUCUGGCCAAAGAAUUUUCCAUAGAGACCGCAACAAUUGCUUCAGAGUCUAAUGAAUGUUUGAUCGCAGUGGCAGCCAGUGUGACACCGUCCUCUACUCCAACACCGCAGAAGAAACCGUUUAGUCAGAUAUCAACGCCCGUUUCGGAGAGGGAGCGUUCAGUAACGGAAGCAUCUAAGUCUCAGACAUGUCUUUCUAACUCGCUGCCGGCCACCGAAACUGUCCUUCCUCCUACGAUUCAAGUGGGAUUUGGAGUUCUUGGCGAAGCCAUGGAAUCGCCAAUAGGGCCAGUUCAUGAAUUUCGGGACAAAAUACCCAAAGUGACUAUUGCCCAGGAUAGUAUAUCACAGAAAAGUAAAGCCGUUAGCAUAAUAAGUACAAGUCCCAGUCAAACACCUCCGCCACCGUCGACAUCUCCCGGCGGAGUCAGUAGCGGUUUGAGACGCACCGAAUCCACUUGCGCCUUCUUAACACAAUCCACACGAAAUCGUUCCCAGAGCACUGACAGCCUGUGUAGCGAUAAUUCUUUAGAUGGCAGUAUUGGCAGUGGUGAUUUAAACUUCUCAUCGUCCGCACAACUAAACGAGAAACUUACGAAGAACGACACUCUAACAAGACAACAGCGACAGCUUGAGUCGUCCGGAGAGACAAGCGCUAGGUCGCCAGGUGGACUCAAGGCUCUUGCCUUGUGGAACAACAAUCUAACGAAGGAGGCGGGUUCUUCCAUUUCUGAUCUGCUGGCGGAAACGGUGUCACUAGAAUUGCUCAACAUAGGAAAGAAUUGUCUAACGAAUGAAUUCGUUUCCACAAUAAAGGACAGCCUGACUAAAAACACCACAUUGACCACCUUGGGCCUGCAAAGUGCAGAGCUGAGCGACAAGGGCAUUGAAACACUAACAUCGAUAAUGACAUUCGGAGGCAAUUGCACGCUGCAGCGGAUUGACAUUCGCGGCAACAAGGUAGAGGUGGACAGUCUGACGAAAAUAGCGGAAGUUUUGAAAUCGAACACGUCCGUAACGCAAAUCGAUAUCGACGACGAGCCGAAACGGCUUUCCGUGGGCAGUGAGGCCCAUUUGGACUAUGCGCGAGUGUUGGAGAACGUUCGUUCAAUGUGUGCGCGCAACGAAAAGACUCAACAGCAGGAGAAGCCCUCAAUAAACACAAUGAGCAAACGAAAGGGUGGUUACUACUUGGGUUCGAGAAAAAUUUCUCUAACUUGCCAUAGCAGGCCCGUGGUCGACACCACAAGUCCAGUUGUCGUAACAUGUUCAGGGACCGCAAACAGCAAGUUAGACGUGAAACGUAAGCAAGGCACACGCCUACGGUCACCGGCUCCCAGUCCAACAACGAUAUCACCAUCUUCGUCCCCAAAUCGUACUAGCAGAUUUCAGGUAUUCCGAGUGUCUGAGGUUAGCCCUUUAACAUCACCCAGCACACAGAAACAAGUGGCAGGGGGGCUUGCUGCUACUAAAGCCAUGUCGAGCAGUAGCGUAUUCAUACAGUCUGUGCCCUCGGAUGUCGGCCCGAACGAUCCGAGUUAUCCAAAUUUGACGUCAACAUCGCUGCCAACUUCCUGUUCCUUGCCAUCUAUGGCAACGAUUUCGUCGUCGACUCAGUCCAUAAAACGAUUGUCGGUUUCACCUCGUUCGCGUUUUUUAGUACACAAAGUCUACGAGGACCCCAGCGUGCCACUGUCUAGUCGCACAAUACCCCCGAUAACUCCUCCCAUAAACCCCCCACCAACACCCAUGUCGAAGAGCUCCAAAGAAGCAGCAGCACAGAAAAUCAAUGAGGCUACCCCGCCUGCGAAGGCAGACAAGGGUGAUAACUACUUGCAGCUACUUCAAGCCAGGAGCUCCGCACAGUCUCCCUCCAUUACUUGCCCAGAAUCAUCCCCUAUUUCUUCGACGUCUCUAAGGCGUCGAGAGCAACAAGAAAGCAAUACAACCACCGAUUCUUGCGCAACACCUAUUCUGAAUGCCAGAGAACUUGGUCGAGCAACACAACAAAGUGAACAAAGUACAAAUACACCAAAAUCAUUAAUAACAAAUUCAACCAAUGCUGCAACGGCUCCAACGGCUGGUAGCCAGAGUGCAGUAAUUCAACAGUCCCCAUCUAAUUUAUCAACUCUUUCGACUCUAUCAUCGUCAUCGUCCUCAUCUACAUCGGACUCUUCAUCGUCUUCGGCGACCUCAUCAUCUACCUCAUCGUCGUCAUCCACCUCACCCGCCAGCAAUGUCGACAGUUCUGACUCCUCGUCGUCGGUGCAGUCGACUGAACAUGCGGACACACAGGAUUUAACCAUUUCGGGGCAAUGUCCUAUAGCAGUGUUUGGCGACAAUGAUAUAACACUUACCAAGAACACUGUCAACGAAGCUCUUGUAACGGCAGCUGUGGCUGAUGCUAGAGAUAGUACAAACAGUGCCACAGCGGCGGACGACGUCGUAGCCUCACCGGCAGCACCUCAACAGCGUAACCGCAAAGCUUCAUGGAUUGCAAAUCCAACAGCAGUUGAUAAACUAUUGACACUAUUCCAUAAUCCAUUUCAGCGUAGCUCAUCUCCGGAAUCUAAAGGCGUCACAAGUACAUCAGCGAUAUCUACAACAGAACCGACACAAUUCAGUCAAGCGCCUUUGGAACAAUGCACUUUGGAUCAGCAACAAUCGGCUGCUUCAAAAACGCUUUUGCCUUUAAGAAAACAGUCACCUCCAUCAUGGUCCAAACUGGGCACAGACAUGUUUAUUGCUGCCAAUAGCAAUAACGCAGAUUUGGCAAAUACUGUGGCAACCACUGCUGCUGCCGUCGUUACAGAACAAUCAAGGUCAUUUUUGGAUGCAGCCUCAAAACAAUUUCGCGUGUUUCGUCAAAAUUUAUCAUUUAACAACGAGUCAGUCACCACGGCAUCGACGACGACAAUAACCUCAUCUACCGUUAACAAUCCCAAUAGUGGAGAAGCAGAAAUGAUGACCGGUAUGUUGCACAGCAACAGUGGUGCUGCCGCAGGUGUCGUUGGUGGCAUCACCAGUUCUUGUUGUAUAGCUCCAUCAUCCUCCGCAGUCGAAUGCAAUGUCGACACUUUACCCACCGAUGUAAAACAAGAAAUUAAAGAAAACAUUUCCCCCGAACACACAAUUAACGAGGAGACAUUACGAACCAUACAGAAAAUGGCGGGCAACGCAACGCCACCAACUGCAUCAGUAACGACACCAGCCGAGUGUAAUUACGACGUUGAAGAUUUUGUUACGAAGGACACACAAACUGGACAUGAACAGAAAUGAAUCAAAAUAUUACAUGGAUCUAAUUAUUCGCACAAUAUGGAAUCAGCAGCAGCAGCAGCAGCCACAGUAGCCACUUCAACUUUUAAAACUAUUCUGGAAUUUUUUUAUACCUAUUAAGUUCACCAAAAUGCUUACACUUUAAUUUACAAACACACUCAUUCUACACACACACACACACACUCAGCAAUUGGUUUUUCUAAAAAUUAAUAAGUUUAUACACCGUUCGUUACAUACACACAAUUCGUCAUAAUUUUAUUAUUAAGUGAUUAUUUUCGCAUCGUUUUUCUUUUUAUAAAAUUAUUGUGUUUGCUUAUAUUUUGAGCCUUGAUCCACCUACACACACACACACAAUUACAAAUUAUUAUCACUAUCUUCUUGUAGCCAGCCAACACACAUUAGUUUAAGCGUUUUUUUUUUUUUUUGUAUUACUAUCAAUAUAAAUAUUAUGAUACGAUUAUGAUGGACCCACAUUUAAAGGUAAUCUUAAAUAUAUGAGAUCUUUUACAUUUCUUUGUACUAUUGCAGUCAGCGACCGCAGGCUCAGUGUAUGUGCAUAUUUGGCCAAGUGGAUAAAGCGACCGAUGCAGGAUCGAAGAAACAACUGAAACCCGCAUGAAAGUGUACGUUAAGUACAGCAUAUGUACAUGCAGCGCGGAUCGUUGUAUAACCAUUAUAUGUUUGUCCUUUCCAUCUCUUCGUGGAUGCAUAUUUUAUUUUGAGUCUGAAACAAGGACGGUCUGUAUCUUUGUGGUCAUUUUCUAGCAAAAUGGUGUUAGAUAUAUGUAUAUUUUUUUAAAGACGUCAUCUCUCAGCACAUUUAUGUGUAUAAUCCAUUAUUAUUAUUAUUCUUAUAAAAAAUAAAUUCCAUAGACGUUUUGCAAACUAAAAUCUGAGAAACGGCGUCGAAUAUGACUGUAAUGAAAAAUUUGGAAAUUAUCGCCCGUUCUUCAUUUGACGGAGAGAAAUGAAAAGAAAACAAACUGGUACCGAAGAGUAAGAUCGCCGUUGCACAAUGCAAAAGUCACAUGCCCAUUCUAUAGGAAUGGCAGCAGCAACAACAACAAUAUUAACUCCUAUUACGGCAAGGAAAGCACAACCACCAGCCCCCCAUCCCCAUUGAUCUCAAUGUAUGUGAUAAUGUCGCAACACUAAGAGAGUUGCGUCGCUUACUAAUACUAAUACAGUUUAUUAUAGUUAGUCAAACUAAAUAACAACAAAAACAAACAAUACAUGUAUAUUUAUGAAUACAUAAUGAAGAACAAUUGUUAAUAGUAAAUAUAUGCGAUUAUAUAUUAAUUAUUAAUUAUUGUUUACUAAUUAAAUAAUUAAUUAUUGUUAUAUUUUAUAGUUUUAUAUAAUCUGUCCAGCACACUACACUUCCCCCAAUUUUGAGUUUAUUUGAAAUUGUUUUUAUUUUAGUGGCAAAUGCUACCUCCUCCUCCGGAAUGGAAUGUUGUUGUGCAUCUCGAACACCGGUUACUUGUGCAGCGGUUGGAACAAUCUUCGCGUAGCAAAGUUACUUAACAAUUUAUAAAAAUAACAAUCCAAAGAGAAAUUUACAAAUUUAUAUAACUAUUACAAAAAUAUAUUGUACCUACAUGCAUACAGAAUGUAAAUCGACCUACUACAAGUCACAGCAAUUAGUAGCUAAGUAAAUGUCUAAACUGAUAUUUACAAUCAUCCUGCAAACCCCGUAAAAAUUGAGUAAAAUUAGUUGAAUAGAAACCAAUAAAGGAACACAAAAUGAUAUAAAUUAACAUUAAUCAAUCGUUAUUACACACAAACACAAACCAAAUCACACAUUAACACUUUAUAGAGUUUUGUAUUUCUGUGUGACAUUUAGAUUGAAACCUAAUUGAAACAAAAUUAAAAAAACUACAUACAAAUACAUAUAUACAAGAAAUACAUACGUUUAGCUUUCACAAUAUUAAUGCCUUUUUGGGCAUUGUUAACAUACGAAAAUCCUGAACAUAAAUGUACUAUUUUAAAUUUUGGCUAGAGUCACUUAAAAUUUCAGCUCCUUUUGCCUGAUUUUGGGAAAUUUCUUUUUUGUUUCGUUAGCAAUAAGCAUAAUUAUCUAGAAACAUUAGUUUUAUUUAAAAAGUGAGAAUUAAAGUUGACCUACAUUGACGUUUAUUUAAAUAUAACAAAUUGGCCAUAUUAUAUAAUUUUAAAUUAUACCAUGCAGUGCUAUUCUUUUGAGUAACAAAUAUUUGUUUAUAGGAAUUGUAUGUUGCUCUCCCUUUGUUUUUUUUUCGUAUUCAUCAACCUUAUUCGAAAUAAAGUGAUUGAUGUGUGUUAGAAACUACCAUCUUUAAAAAUUAUUAUUUUUCUUUUAAUACUAUCACGUGAAAUUGCUAAUAGUUUCAUUUUCGUUUAAACAUCAGAUUUCCUUGACAUGUGUCACUGUUAUAGAUAUCAACUUUGGUUUUUACAUACUUAAGCUUUUUAUUUUUAUUAUUAAGUAUAUAUUCAAACAUUUUUAAAUGGCCAGCCAAAUUCUCCUUUUGGAAUGGUUGGCGAUCGUACUGGAAAAAAUAGCAAAAACAAGAAAAUCAAAUUUGUUUAUGGUACUUAAGUUGCACAUUGCUUUCAAUUAAUGCAUAUUUUUUAGUUUUUGAGUUGUAGCUUUUAACCACCAAACGAAUUCUAAUCUUAUUAAUAUUAACUUUAAAUUCUUGCUCAAACCUUUCGGGUUUUCUCUUAUUUUAAUUUCUAAAGAAAAAUCAUCCAGCGGAACGAUAAAACCAUUUUUGACUAUUAAUUGUAUAAAUAUUGCUAUAUAUUUCAUUCUUUCUUAUUAACACACAUACACAUACAGAUAAAGAAAAUGAAAGUUAACAAAAAAAAAAACCUAAAUAAAUUAAUGAAUAAAAUACAAACUAUUGAUCAUUUUUUAAAAUCAGAUAUCAUUUAAGAUGUGAAAGAUGAUUGGAUAAAGGAAGAACGACUACCUUUUUUAUUGUACAAUAUAUUUUGAUUCUUUCAAUAAGAUAAAUAUACACAAAUACCUAUAAAAUUUUUUCUAGUUUUUGUUUUACAAAUAUAAUUUGUUUUUAAAUUUGUUCAUUUGGUAUGCUUAUUUUUGUUGAAUACAGCUUUAUAAUUUUAAACAUAAGAUAAUACCAAUUCUGAAAGUAUAUACACAGGCAACACUCUCUCUCACACACACACACACAAAGAAUGUUAAAAAACAAUACAAAUAUUAUUUUAAGGACAGUAAAUGAAAAUGUAAAAACAAAGAAACAACAAUCUACUGUAAGCAGAACAAAUGAUGACAACUGGUGUGUUACAUUGAAAAGAAAAAUAACAAAAACCCUAUUAAAUAACUAAAAUAAAUUGAAACAAUAACAACAAAACAGCCCAUGCUGAAGAAACAACAACAACAACUUAUACAUAACAUAUUAUUAAAACCUUAAAAAAUGUGUUUAUUUGACUUAAAACAAAACAAUGAAUACAAUUAAACGCAUAAUACUAUUUAGUCAAAAACAAAUGAUUAUAAGAAAUAAUACAACAAUAAAUACUGAAUAAAAACUCUUCAAAAAUAUUGAAAA